CAUAACCCUAAGCAAUAAAGACAUCUACAGCUAUUUCCUAAGAGUCGUUGCCCCGGACACGUUCCAAGCCCAAGCGAUGGUUGACAUCAUAAAGAAAUUCGGUUGGAACUACGUCGCGACUGUUAAUUCUGCUGGAACGUAUGGGACAAAAGGCAUGGAAGAAUUCUGGAAGGCUGCUGAAAGAAAUGGCAUCUGUAUUGACAUAAAAGAAAGCUUCACUAGUGCAUUUCCUACAAUAGCUGAUUACGAAGACAAGAUUAGGAAGAUAUUCAAAAGAGCCGAGCAAAGCAAGGUGUCCGUAAUCGUGGUUUUUGGCACACAGACUGUGGUACGACGUUUGUUAGAGGCUGCGCUGAAGUUCUCCUCACGUGCACCACGACAUUUUACGUGGAUAGGAAGCGACGGCUGGAGUAAUCGACACGAAGUCGUUGAAACUGCAGAAGAGGCCGCCCUAGGAGCUCUGACUAUCAUGAUGAGAACUGGGACAGUCCCGGAGAAAUUUAAAGAACAUUUUUCCAGUUUUAAUUUGACAAAUUAUCCACUGAGGAACAAAAGAUUCUUUCACGAAUUCUGGGAAAAUCGUUUUAAGUGCAAGUUGACGCGACCCAACAGAUCGAGGUUUGGGUUGUACGACAGAAAUUGCUAUGGCAACGAGCCGCUGAAGAAUGUCGCCAUCCAAUACAGUCCAGUAAGGGUCGUCAUUAAUGCCGUGAAAGCUUACGCCCUCGCCUUGGACAGCCUGCAAAAAGAGCUCUGCCCUAAUCAGACGGGAGUUUGCCCGAAUAUGGCAAAGUUUGACCGCACAAGGCUUUUGGAACAUCUUAAGAAUGUAACAUUUUGGGAUCCGUUGGUGAACACAACUGUGAAAUUUGACAAGAAUUACGAGGUCAGUGGCAUGUACGACAUCAUCAAUUUUAGAAAACAAGAUGGCGUCGGAAAAUACGUGCGCGUGGGGACCUGGGACGGGGAGAUAGUCGACGGUCAAAUCGUUUCAAAGCUCGUACUUGACAGAAAUAUAUCGUGGCUAAAGGGGGAGAGCAGUCCACCUGCUUCGUACUGCUCUGAGAACUGCUUUUCUGAUCAAACUAAAAUGGCAAUACACACAUUUGACUUCAAGUGCUGUUGGAAGUGCAAAACUUGCAGCAAAUUACAGAUCGUCGUGAACAACAGUUGUAACGAUGGUCCAGAAGGAUGGGUACCAAACUCCAACAGAACCGGCUGGGUGAAACGAGAACUGGUCUAUCAAAAUUUGAGUGAUGACUGGUCUAUAGCAAUGAUGUUCUUCUCUGUCGUUGCACUGUUGCUAACAUUGGGUGUUACCAUAAUGUAUAUCGUGCACAAAGAUAAUCGUUUGCUGAAAGCGACCGGAAGAGAACUUUGCUUUGUCAUGCUGGCUGGAAUCGCCAUGUGUUUCCUAGUACCCGUUCUGUUUAUCGCGAAGCCAGCAGAUUCUGUUUGCUACACACGUAACGUGUUCACUGGCCUAGCACUCGCCAUGUGUUACGCGCCGUUAUUCAUGAAAGUCAACAGAAUAUAUCGCAUUUUCACGAGCGCGAAAUCGACGAUCGCGCGCCCGACAUUGGUGACGCCCCAUAUGCAAAUUUUGAUCACUUUUGGUCUUGUCACGGUGCAGCUGCUGUUCACGACGUUGUGGAUGACGGCCAAACCAGUCAAGGCUGAAGAGAUCUACUAUAGCGAUAGCAGCGAGCUCGUGUUGGAGUGCACUGCUGAUUCGUUCGGCUUCGCCGGAAACUUAUCUUUCGUGAUGAUCCUAAUGCUCCUGUGUACGGUUUAUGCCUUCAAGACCAGAGAGUUUCCAAAGAAUUUCAACGAAUCCAAGUACAUCGGCGUUACGAUGUACGUGACAUGCGCAGUGUGGGUGAUCUUCUUUCCAUUUUAUCUCAACUCGAGUCACCGCGACAUUCACGCAACUCUGGUUUCGGGGGUUUACGUCAUCAUUGGUUUGGUGACGCUGUUUGGUCUCUUUGGCCACAAGGUUUAUGUCGUUUAUCGAGUUCACGAUUUGCGCAAUGAAGAUCUUGUGAUGACGACACAGUCUGGGCAGAAGAACGCGCCCAAUCAACAGUAAGACAUCGAAGGGAUAAGAAACUGAACUCUAUACCUGUAUAACUGGAGAUAUUCGCUGAACUAUGUUUGCAUUGAGUUAUUAACAAAGAUCUACUAGCUUGUACCACUGGAGUUAUUUACUUAACUCUACUUGUAUAAAUAGAGUUAUUAAAUGAAGUCUGCUUGUAUAAAAAUUUACUUGUAACUAGAGUUAUUAAAUGAAUUCUGCGUGUAUAACUAGAGUUAUUAAAUGAAUUCUGCGUGUAUAACUAGAGUUAUUAAAUGAAUUCUGCGUGUAGCUAUAA